AUGAGUGGUCCGGCGUCGUCAACCGGAUUCCACAUCCACGCAGAGGGGCUUCAUGAACGGAACGUACAGCCAUCAAAACCUACCAGUGAUGGAGGUGUGGCCCCCAAGGCCCUGGAUGAUAAGUCACGGGUAGAAGAAGAUGAGAGGACCGAUUCGGAAAAGAAGACCUUUGGAAGAACUCCAGGCGGCACAAUCUUUACCGUUCCGCCAACCCGUGAUAUGGUCUCGCAGCUCCUUUCACCCUCAGAGCCAAAGAACUUGUCUGAUAUCUUCGUCCUCGCCAUUAUAAGUUGUCAUAUCUUCCUCCUCCGGUUUCUUCCAUCAUCAUUCAGGGUCGCUGCCUUUGCUAUCAUUUUCCUGUUCUGGCGUGCCGCGUACAACAUCGGAAUAGGAUGGCUUCUACACAUGCAGUCGAACGGCCGGACCUUGGUCUGUUGGGCCAAAAAAUCAAACAUCUUCGUGAAUCCGUCAACCGGACGGAACCCUCAUCCCGUAUUAUACAACCUGCUUAAAUGGGAACUGGAGACAAAAAUCCCGGAGCAGUAUUCUUUCGAGGACGCCCCAACGGAAUACAACACCUGGCUUGUGUUUCGACGAGUUGUUGAUCUUAUCCUCAUGUGCGACUUUACCUCGUACUGCCUAUUCGCAAUUGCCUGCGGUGGUCGUCCCGCUGGGGAAGGUUUCAUCAUGCUGGCUUUGAGAUGGAUUACUGGGAUGAGCUUAGUACUUUUUAACCUCUGGGUCAAACUGGACGCCCAUCGGGUAGUUAAGGAUUUCGCAUGGUACUGGGGGGAUUUCUUUUAUCUCAUCGACCAGGACCUUACUUUCGACGGUGUUUUUGAGAUGGCACCCCAUCCAAUGUAUUCCGUUGGCUAUGCGGGAUAUUACGGUAUCUCUUUGAUGGCAGCUAGCUACAAGCUGCUUUUUAUUUCCAUUCUAGCACAUGCCGCCCAAUUUGCGUUCUUGGUUCUGGUUGAAAACCCCCAUAUCGAGAAAACUUACAAUGCUCCUCCACCUCGGAAAAGAGUCGCGGUCGACACAGAUAAUGUUAAACCACAAGACGACGACGUUUCUCAGGACUCCUCGGUCAUCAAUGACAACGAAUACUCGGGAAAAGCGGUGGCUACCUUAGAGCCUUCGUCGAUGCAUAACCUUCUAGGUCCUCACAACUUCGACCUGUACCGCAUUACGGACUCUUCUGUGCUUUUGAUCCAAAUACUUUUCUCCGCUCUGGCUAUUCUUACCCCAUCAACACCAGUCUAUCAAUUUUUCUUCGUCCUGAAUGCUGCUCUUUGGAGGGUUUGGUACUCCGUGGGUAUUGGCUACAUACUCAACCGCCAAUCGCACUGCAAGAUGUGGACGAGACACUUUGUGAAGUACGGAGAAAGCAAUCAAGAAGCCUGGCAACAAUGGAAAGGCACAUAUCAUCUUAGCAUGACCAUGACCUACGCGAGCUUUAUUGCCGCUACUUGGAAGAUGUACUCCUUCCCACAAGAUUGGGGCUACGGCCUAGUGCUCCUGAGGCAUAUUCUAGGUGCAAGUUUGAUUGCACUUCAGAUUUGGACAUCUGCCAGUAUCUACGAAUCACUUGGGGAGUUUGGAUGGUUUUUCGGAGACUUCUUCUUUGACCAGUCACCAAAACUCACAUAUAGUGGAAUUUAUCGGUAUCUGAACAAUCCUGAGCGCGUUCUAGGUUUGGCAGGUGUUUGGGGAGCGGUUCUAAUCACCAGUACCAAGUCAGUUAUUUCCCUAGCAUUGCUGAGCCAUACAUUAACUAUUGCAUUUAUCCAACUGGUCGAACGUCCACAUAUGCAGAAGCUUUACGGUCAAAGUCUAAGGCGAGAUGCGGGUCUUGUUAGAAGCCUAAAGCGUUCCUUGCCACCUUCCCUGAAGCAAUUCCAUGGAAGCGUAGACAAAAUACUCGAUGACUCGAUUGAAUUCAUUGAAGAGUUCAUAGAAGCCGCUCGACCUAAGCUCGCCGCUGGUGUCAAGACCUUCGUCAAAGAUACCUCCGCCUUGUUCCAGAAGUACCCUGCACGAAUCACCAUAUCUCGUCUGGAACCAGAUCUUGCUGGUUACGAUCAAAAGGAUUAUUCCAUUUCCCUGGAAGGAACACAAUCUUCCGAGCCGGCACAAUUUGAAAGAGCUAGUGAUAAGGAGGGUGAAAAGGCAAGAUCCAUGCCAGACAGGAGGGGUGAACAGGUGAACCUUAUGUUCGAAUAUGGCGCCCCCAUCAAAGUCAAAUGGACCGCCCCGCUGAAUCAUAGCAAGAAAGACUGGAUUGGCCUCUACAUGGUCACUGAUAAUACAUCGCGGGAGAUCACACGGAUUUCUUCCCAAGGUCGAUGGAUCGGUACUAACAAGGCUUCUUUUGACUCUUUGACAUGUGAGCAAGGGUUAAUCUCAAGCGACAUUGUUAUCAAUAAGUUCCGAGAGGAUGGCGAGCCAAAGGACGUUGCAUCUGGGGAAAUGGUCUUCUCGGGAGAUAAACUCUGGUGGACGCAAGGCGUCUUCGAAUUUAGGUACCACCACAACGGAAAACAUAAUGUCAUGGCAGUCUCGCGCCCCUUUGAGAUCCGCAUUGGCAGAUUUGAUGACGAUGCAAUCUAUGGCGACAGAUACGGGCUUGUCAGGGCUGCCAUCGAAUCCGCUUUGCUUCCUGUGGUCCAAAACUGCUUUGACAGGGACCCCGACAUUGCACCGCAAACUGUCGAAGAACAGUAUGGCAGCCUAGUUGACAGGAAUGGGAAAUACUCAAGGAGAGUGGUAUUUGCCGUACAUCAAAUGUUCGGCAUCGAAUUUGCUCCCGAGGUCGUCCGUGCUGAUGGAAAUGUCCGCAAUCUGGCAUGGCGGAUAUGCAAUGCCAAAAAGGUUUUAGCACCGUACAGCAUGUCACGUACAAACGGAGCCACAACCCCCACAGCAGAACAUGAAAGUUAA